ACUUUCGUGUUCAUUCUAUUUCCGGCAGUCGUUGAGGUGAGUCGUUUAUCUGCAAGUAAAGGGCCGAGUGUUAUUAGAAAAAAGUGAAUUUUUGUGAAAAGAAAGUUAAAAGUGAUGAGUGCUAAAACUGCUGUAAAUGGUGGCGGGCCUUUGCCUCAGCGGCCGCAAAAAAAUCAAGGAGACAAGAACCAAGACAAAGCCAUGGAUGGGCCAGCAGAAAAGAAACCUCGUUUUAAUCAAGGAGGUGGCCCAAUUCAGAACAAUCAAAACCAAAAUCAGAAUAAAGGUUUUGGUGGAAAUAAGAAUAACCAAGCCUUCGGAAAUAGAAAUAAAAAUCGUGGAGGUGGCAAUCAGAACGCCAACAAAGGAAAUUUCCAAAAUCAACAGAAUCAGAAUCAGAAUCAACAGAAACAACAGCAAGCUCAAGCUCAAGCAGCACCUGAUCAAGCCACGGGCGGCGCAGCUGCUAAAGAUGUUAAGGCUCAAGCGGAAAAUAAACCAGCAAAUACUAAUGCUGGUCCAGGAAACGCUCCGCAUCAACAAAAUCAGCAAAAUCAACAAAACCAACAAAAUCAACAAAACCAACAAAAUCAACAAAACCCCCAACAGAACAACCAGAACCAACAACAAAAUAAUCAGAAUCAACAACAAAAUAAUCAGAAUCAACAAUUCCAACAAAACCGACAACAACAUGGUGGUGGCGGCUUUGGCGGUGGCGGUUUUGGCGGUGGCAAUAACAACAAUGAUGGCGGAAUGGGCGGCAGAGGAGGCCAACGUGAUCGUGGUCAAAAACGAGACCGUAACUUCGGAAAUCGUGAUGGUCGUGAUGGUGGUGGCCCAAGAGGUGGAGGUGGCGGCGGCGAUGGCCCACGUGGUGGUCGCAAUGACGAUUUCUUCGUUAAUCAGCGCUUGCGUUCCAUCUCUGGUCCCACCCACGAGCUUGAAGCUAUUCAGGCCUCCGAGGAAAGCAAAUUCUCUGGACGUAACCGUCUGUAUGUCGGUAAUCUAACUGGUGAAGUUAGCGAAGAAGAACUAAGAGAGCUCUUCAAGCCAUACGGUGAAAUAGCCGAAGUUUUCUGUAAUUCAGAAAAGAAUUUUGCAUUCCUUAAAAUGGACUAUCAUGCCAAUGCUGAACGUGCAAAGCGCGAACUCGAUGGCACAAAUCGCAAAGGACGCGUUUUGCGUGUUCGUUUCGCCCCUAAUGCCACAGUUUUGCGUGUCUCGAACCUUACACCAUUUGUUUCGAAUGAAUUGCUCUAUAGAGCAUUUGAAAUCUUUGGUCCCAUUGAAAGGGCUAUGGUCAAUGUUGACGAUCGUGGUAAAUCUACCGGGGAGGGUAUUGUUGAAUUUGCCAAAAAGUCCUCAGCCAACAUAUGUCUGCGCUACUGCAAUGAGAAGUGUUUCUUCCUCACUGCUUCAUUGAGACCCUGUGUCGUUGAACCAUUCGAUUUGACCGAUGACAAUGACGGUUUACCCGACAAGUCGCUGAACAAAAAACUGUCCGAAUUCAACCAUGAACGUGGCAUUGGACCUCGGUUUGCCGAACGUGGAAGUUUCGAACAUGAAUAUGGCACCAGGUGGAAGCAAUUGCAUGAAUUAUUCAAGAGCAAACAGGAAGCUCUAAAACGUGAACUAAAAAUGGAGGAAGAGAAAUUGGAGGCGCAGAUGGAAUAUGCUCGUUAUGAGCACGAAACAGAACUCCUCAGACAAGAAUUGCGCAAGCGCGAGUCAGACAAUGAACGCAAGAAAAUGGAAUGGGAAAUGCGUGAGAAACAAGCUGAAGAGAUGCGCAAACGCGACGAAGAACAAGUUCGCCGCCAACAGACCGAAAUGCAAUCGCGCAUGUUGCGUCAAGAAGAGGAGAUGCGCAGACGUCAGCAAGAAAACACAUUGUUUAUGCAAGCUCAACAGUUGAACUCAUUGCUGGAUCAGCAAGAGGGUGGCUUCAGUGGCAAUUGCAAUAACUUUGAUGGCUUUGGAAACAACCCAAAUCCAUUCGAUUUUAGAGGCAAUAACAAUGGACCCAAUGGUCCCAAUGGCCCUAAUGGUCCCAACGGCCCUAAUGGCCCAAACAACCCGCAGGAUUUCGGAUUUGAAUUUGGUGGUAGCCAAAAUCAACCAAGUGGCGGCGAUAAUGGAAACCGUGGUGGAGCUCAACGCGGUGGAAACAAUGGCGGCGGUAACAAUAAUCCCUGGGAACGCCGAAGACGUUUCUGAGAUGAAGCUACAGAUGAUUCGCCAAUCUUGAUGCAUACCUAAAUAUUAACAGAUAAAACUGAAAACAAAAAACUACAAAUUUUUGGGACAUUUUGGUGUGAUUGAUAAAAAUUAGCAUUGCAAACAUAGUAUUAGUUAUACCUUUAAGGCCGGAACACUUUUGAUCUAAAUUGAAACUAUAACCAACUUAUAUUCUUCAUCCACUCCUCGGCAAUGUAUGAACAAUGAUCUUCAAUUUCUUAUAAUUUGCAUAUCUGUAUGUCUGUGUGUGCAACAUCAGCCUUUGUUGGCAUUAAGUUGUUUGUCCACGGCCACGAAAAGACAUGCAUCGCAUCGUCGUCGUAUAUGUAUAAUAACAAGGCGAAACACGCGCGCACCUAUGUAAUAAUUGAAGAUCUCGCAGCUGUUUAGUUCUAGAUGAAUGUAUUUAUGUCCCCAAAUUCACAAAAUAUGAACAACAAAACAUCCAUAUAAAAUGGACAACAUAUAUGAGCGCAAUAUAUAUUACCAAAUAUAUUUAAGACGCCGAUAUAACAUCAUCUACAUGUUUCGGUUAGAAAUAAUAGGACUACCAAUGAAAUUACAUGCUUAACCUUCGUCCUUUAUUCCCUCAUAAGGUGGUGUAGGAUUGCAAGUACUAGCAUGUUCUUUUAUUUAAGUUCUUUUAAUUCUGCACAGUUCAUUCAGCUAAUUUCAAAUUAACAACAACUUAGUGGAUAUGUAAAUGUAUUUACAUACAGAUAACAAUUUUAAUCUCAAACGCUAGAUUUAAGCUGGAGUCUAUAUAUAACCAUUAAUUAUUAACAAAAACUCGUAAUUACAACCUAAAUUUUAAACAAACAUUUCAAAGCGGAACGCAUUCAUUCGUUCGUCUUGAGGAAAAUAAGAAAUACUUGAAUAUACAAAUAUUUUAAUUUUUCACUUUUCAAAUUUAUAAUUAUGAUAUACUUUAUGAUCACCAUGAUGAUGAUUGUAAACAAAGUGGAAAAUUUAUUUCCAUUUUUAUUGAUACACGUGAGAAAUGAAAAAUUUCUCUAUAGUUUAUAGGUUUAUUUUUCCCUACUUUACACAACCCUAAUAUAUAUUUCAUAACUAUAAAUGACAAAAUAUCAACAACAAAAGAAAAAAAGCAACAACAUAAAUGAUACUCAAAGAAAACUGAGUAUGUUAAAAAAAUAA